AACACCUAACAUUUAAACUUUGGAAUACAGGCGGAAGAAAGCAUGACCGAACUAUUGAAUAUAGUUAUCCAAUCAUUACUGAUUUUGCGAACUCGCAAUUUCACGGUGACAAGCAUACUUAGUGACAAUCAUUUCUUAACGGGAUUCUAAUGUGACAGUGGACAUACCGUGCAGACUCAAUCGGCGUAGGCUAUUUGCAUUUCUUUAUUACUUGCGUUAUCAGCUGAAGAACGACAUAAAGAAUACACACAACUUUGAAAUGAGGCAAUGUCGUAUGAGCUUCUUAAUUGUUUUUGUACGUGGUGAAUAUAAGUGACUCAGUCCUACAUGUAUUUGAUGAGCAGCAGUGGGCUGCUGUCUGCCUGUCUGUAAGAUGUUCACGCCUAUCCACCCGGGUCCCCGCGGAGGCUGUCUGCCAAUGACGCACAACAUGCCAUUCAUCACAGCCAGCAUGCCAACACGCAGUCGGGUGAAAAACAUGACAGGAAUCUAUCUAGGACUGGAAGGUAAUAUUCAACCUCCCCAUCAGCGAAUGGUGCCCCCACUGGCCCGAGCGAGGGGCAUGUCAUCACGUAUACGCACACCUUCAGAGGACAGGAGAUAUAAAAUGGUAGAAUUACUCAGAAUAAAAGAAGAAAGUAAAGGUUUUUCAGGACAAACAGUGAGAAAGAGACCUGUAACUAGUGCCCGCCCUGACACAGCAGGAAGAAGGAAGUGGGGACCAGCCAAACGUCUUGACACUUCCAAUGUUGAUGACUUAAUCAAAACCAAUCCGAGAAAGUACACCCCUAUUGCUAACAGUGGUGUGACUCGGUCGGAGAACCUCACUGGAUGGAUGAGUUUCUACCCAGACGCGCACGUCGUCAUGAGAGAAGUCCCGCUCGGUAAGCCAGAGCCCUGUGUUCAAGACUCCAUGGAUCAUUUCGCUCAGGAUCUCUCAGGACUGGAGCAGUGUUACAAGAAAAUAUGCACAGGCAAUGCUGAAACUGUACAUAGUCUGCUGCCCAAUCGACAACGCACAACUAGCCUAGCGUCACAGCAGUCGGCUUCCAAGCGGGAAAACACAGCAGCAUUUAGUACCGGAUUCAGUGUCAGGAGCUAUAGAAAUCCAAAUCAAGCUGAAAUCCUAGCUGAUUUUCCAGUUCAUCAUAACACAGGCCGGCCAAAGACAGUUCCAAUACACCGGCCACAUUUCAAACAGCUGUAUUGUUCCCAGUUUUAUAAUCAAACCCGUCUCGUUGCUCCAAAAAGUUGUCAUACCAGGAAGCAAACACCUGUAUCGUUUGAAGAACCACUUGACGUUCAGCAGAGAUCUACCCCAGGCCCAGUGUCAGGUGGUUUAAACAAGGGACAGUUACACAACAGUCUUGCCAGCUCUCCGGAAAAGCAAACACUGCUUUCGAGAACUAAGACAUUUCAUGCUGUUGAUGACACACAACAGUUACAGAUAUCCAUGCCAUUUGCCACGAGUGUAACACUGACAGAUGACGAUACGAAGGUCAGUGUUGAUUUGAUGCCUGGACCUGACACCGAUCAUUCUGCCCGCUCCAACAUCACAUCCAAGAUGGCUACCUUAGGCAAGAGUGUUGAGCUGUGUUGUGAUGAGGACUUUGUGCUGGGUUCCAUGAAGACCUCCACCAGUGCCGCCGAUAUCAAGAUUGGUCUGGAGAACGAGGAUGGUACUGGGGACACUGUAGAGAUUGAUGUGGCCGAUGAAGAUACAGCAGUCAAUGAAAUUCCUAGAGGAAAUGUUAGAAAGGCAUCUAUAGUAGAUAAACUUGUGAAAAGUAAAGAAUCUGAAGCUAAAGUUGCCAUGGUUAAGGAAACAGCUGAACAACGUCAAAAAGCUUUUGAAAAGCUUUUAAAUGAACAUGCUGAAAUUGUUCAAGAAAUCAGUCGAACUGCAAGUUCCGAAAACCUGCUAGAACAGGAUAAAAGAGACCACUGACAAUGGCAGAGCAUAUGUCACGAUAUUGUGUCUGUUUGAAGUGUUUACAUUCAUAAACAUUUAUUGGGUAUGCGGAAUGUAUGUAAACAUGACAAGUGCAUAUUUGACAAUAUUCUGUCCGUUUUAAAGUGUGUACACAUAUGGGUAUAUAGACAUAGACGUGUAUUUGACUUUGUACGUGCCAGUUGAAUAUAACCUGUAUAUACUAGUAGUAUGUGAAAUAAAUGUUUUUUUUUAUAUGCAAAUGCAUAUCGACAUAUUGACUUGAGAAGAACACAUAUCUACAGCACAAGUGAAAGAUGGUUCCACUACACAUUUUGUUCUGAGAAAAGUUAUACCACAGAUUGGUUGGAUGAAAAUGUAUUGGUUGGUUAAGUUUUGCUCCUGUGAUAUAGCAUUGGUUAUGCAUUACUUUGGAUGUGGAUUGUAUCGUUUGCAGGAAUACAUGUAUCUGUAUAUACCAAAACACUAAUCAAAGAAAAAACAAUUUCUUUUAUUUGAAAUUUUUUGUCUGGUUUUCCUUUGCAAUAUACACAGUAAAUUCAAAUAUGAAGGGAUUCAGAUAACACAUUUGUUUGGUCCUAAAAUUGUCUUACAAUUUAUUCUUUGUACUUUCAGUUUUGGCUUAUUUGACCCCAAGAAAUAUGUUAAUCCAAUCGAUUCUCAUUUUGACAGUUUGUUGUAUGUCAGGUUGAAGUUGUGAUGUUUUGGUAUAUCAGUUUGAAUUACCGUAUACUUGACUGUAUACCUCUACCCGAUACUUGAAUAUUCCUGCUAAAUGCAUGAAAACAUCAGUUAAGUUGGACAGUAUUGCAAAUAAUCAAAUAAUAUCUUCUCCUUUUUUGUAUUGGAACUUUAUUUUUACAGCUUUUUUAAAUGUUGAAAGGUGGCAUUGUCCAGAAUAAUAAUGUCCAUGUGGGUUUUUUUUAAAGUGUGAUAAUGAAUCUUCUGUUCAUUUUUGUCCUUGAGAGUUGGACAAAUUAUUCAUUUUUUGCUUGUCUACUCUGACCAUUGACUUCACAUAUUAACCUUUCCCUCAGCAGAUACGUCAUAUGAUUUUAGAGAGUGUUUGGUGUUGAUUUUUUUCAUUGUUAAGAGAUCUCCACCAUUACAUUUGCUACAUGCAUGGGACAGACUAGCUUUAUUGAAAGCAAACAAAUGAUGCAGAAGUGGGUUGGAUGUCAAUGCAGUUUGUCAGGAAUGGAGAAUUCUGAGUAAUUUUGACAGAGACAAAAGCUAAGAAGAAAGAAUUCAUGGAUUCAUAUGAGACUGACUAAACAAGAAGAUAUGAUGAACCGAGAUGUCUUAAAGUUUAGAUCUGAAAUUGGAAAAACAUUCUUGCAAUAACAAUAAUGGCCUAUUCUUGCAUAAUAAGUAGAAUAUUUGUUUUUCAAAACAGAAAUUGACCAAAAUUGUAAUGAUCAUAAGGAGUGUGCAUUAAGUUACACGGUCAUAUUACACUUUGUGAAAUGGAACUUUACAUUAAGCAUCCCUGGCCGAAUUUACAAAGUCUGUUUAUGUCGUAUAUGUGUGUAACUACAUACAUUUAUAGUGCUUAAACACCUGCGUAUAAGAAAAACAGGGUUCGUAAAUUCGUUUUCCAUUGGAUUUGCAUGUGUGUUUUCACUUUUAAUUUAUUCCAAGAAAUAAUUACUGAUUUGAUGGUGACCAUUUUCCUUCAGAAACAAACUUUUAUUGUAAUACAUCAUUAAAUGUAGGGGUUUUCACUUACCACAGUGAAUCACUUUAAUAUUUUGUCAUUAUACUUUGCUGACUACAUUUAAAUACAGUUUGCCUUGUUUUAAUUUUUCUUGCUCAUUUGUUACUUGACUUGAAUGCUGUUGGCUCAUUGUGGAUCCGUUUUUGUGUAUAUAAAUCUGAUACAUUCUGGUGGUGGUUUCACUUUCUGGUGGUGAUUUCACAUUCUGGUGGUGAUUUCACAUUCUGGUGGUGAUUUCACUCUGCCAUUGCAUUUGAAGCAUGUGUCUGUAUAUCAGUAUUUAUUAUCAGUUUACUAUUAUGGUGUGUUUUGUUGGCAUCAUAUAUAUUUUACUUCAUCUCUUGUUGCAAGGGUUAAGUUAUAUUUGAGUAUGUUUAAUGUAUUUAAUCUUCUUCAGACAUUUGUUCCUUUGCAGGAGGACAUCACUCUUUGCUCUCUUUUAUUGCUUUGUUUGUUUUCGUUCAAAUUGUUUUGAGAAUUUCUUCCAUUUCAGGUUUAGUCUUUGAUGGGAAUAUCAGUCUGUAGGCCUACAUUGUAGCUGGUUUUUGUGAUAUAUUCUUGCACACUAAACAUGAUUAUUAAACUGUAUUUUGUCCUUAAACCAGGUGGCAGUCAAUUCCCCACUUAAAUAUUUUUAUUUUCAAUUUUAAAAGUUACCAGUGGUACCGUAAUACAUUGUACAUGUUGGUGGCAUCCAUUUAGAUAAUAUUGGUUAUGGUCUUUUGAAUAAUCAUGCUGCCAAUGACAAUUUUUCAAGUCUUUGCCAUUAUAUUUGCUAACUUUAAUACAAUGCUUUUUAUUUAAAGAAUGCAGGACAUACCUUUUACUUGCUUAAAAAUUAUUAGAAGUUAAUAUUUAAAUGCAAAUAAUAGUAACUUUUUCCCUUUGCACAUUAUAUGCACAUAUUUGUUGGUAACAAUUUAAGUCAUUGUUUAAAAAUGUCAUUUUUUGUGACUUCAGAAGUCAGGCUUCAUGCUUAUCAAAGUUUUAAAGUCUAGAUUCAAGUCGUUAAUAACAUAACAUUUUAACAUCAUGGCAAUGCAUACAAAUUGCUUGGGUGUUUGAGGGCUGUUUUCAAGGCAAUAGCUUAUCUUCAGAGUAAGGCCCCCACCACCCCCACUUCCGAUACCUAUAGUUCGUCCCAUCAUUCUAUUAAAAUGUUUUUUUAAUAAAUAAUUGCAGUUUGGUUUGACAUAAGAAGAAAAGUAAAAGUGUUUUGGAAAUAACAAAUAAAUACUAUUUGUGUGUGCAAUUUACAAAUCAGUCGGCUCAUAAGUAAAUAAAUUCUAGUUAAUUCCAUAGUAUGAAAAAAGGUGUUCCCUGUGGGACAGACUAUAGGUAGUUUGAUUCUUUCUUCGAAUUUUUAAUAUCAGGCCCAGAUGUUUUGAGCCACAUAAAAUAGGUUAAUUGUGCUUUUGUUUUGGUAUAACAUGGACCAAAAAUACUGUUGACCUUUAAUUUGGGUUAAACUAAGUUAACCAUACAUGGGAUAUAUCUAUUCCAUUUCAUAUUUUUAAACUUUUGGUUACUGCAGUAUGCAGUGUAUUAAUAAUAAUAAUAAUAAUAAUAAUAAUAAUAAAAUCUUUAUAUAUAGAAGGUAACUCAGUUAGUUCUAGACUAUUUUCCCCUGAGGCCUUCUUACUAAUUAUAACAAUAAUAAUAACAAUAAUCAUAUUAAUUAUUAAACAUAAAAACUAACAAAACCAUACAUGUAUGUACAAUAUAUACAACCAUAAAAGAUAUUAAGACAUAAUUAUGUAGAAGAGCAAUCAUGCUUCUAAGAAGUGUUUGUAACAUUUGUUCUUAAAUAUAUUUAAACUAGUAUAUUUUUUAACAUCAUUAGGUAAACUCUUCCAGAUACCAACUCCAGAAAAUUGAAAGCUUUUCUUGUAGUGCUCUAUUUUUGGUCAGGGAGCUAACGUAUUUCCAUCAUCAAUGGAGCGAAGUUCAUAAAUUGAUGAUAUUGGAUUGAACAGGUCUCUGAGGUACUGAGGAGGAAGUCCGUUUAGUGUUUUAUAUACAAGAAUGGCUUUUUGAUAUUCAACUCUUCUGUUUAUUUUUUGCCACAUUAGUUCAUGAAAAAGUAAAUCAGUUGGAUCAUCAGGUGAUUUGUCAAAAAUAAUACGUGCUGUUCAUUUUUUAAAUUUAUUUAUUCUUUCUAAGUCUAAUUUAGAGCAAUUUCCCCAUAUGGUCAAGCAGUAAUCGAAUAAUGGUUGAAUAUAAGCAUUAAAAUAGAAUAAUGGUUGAAUAUAAGCAUUAAAGAGAAUUGAUAACCAGUUAUGACCUAAGUGCACAACUUGACCAGUUGGUAUAUUACAAAAAUUCUAAAAUAGUUUUCGAGUAAUAAAUUCACAGCAGACAUACAUGUAAAAUGCAAACCUAACUUAUCGCAUUAAUAUAGACAAAAACAAAAGAGAGAAAAAUGUAAAAUAAAGUAUGUUUUAAUUUAGCUGAAAAAGGACAGUGAUUUUACUUUUGAUGUGUGAGAGAGCCUUUGAAUUUAAAAUGAUAAAACAGAAGGCUGGUUCACUUCUUGUUGGUCAUCAUUCAACUGUAUUGAAUAUUUUUGUCUGAAAUCAAAGAUUGGUUGAUUUUGUGGUUAACUACAUCCUUUGGCAUUAUUUCAUGAUGUUUAUGAACAUUCAGAUUGUAGGUUAACAAUAUUGAGUGUAACUUGUAAUUUGAACAUUUGUGAUUAACUGGCUGAGUUAUAAUGACAGUUUCUAAGAACAUUUUUAAAAGCAUAAAUCUUGCAGUAAUGUUCAAGUGAAAACCAAGUGCAAUAGGCAGUGCUUUUUCUUCUUGUUUCCUUUCUUUGCUUUUUUUUCCAUAUUGAUUCUUCCAUUAGAAAUAUUGAAAACAUUAAAACAGGUCUCCCUCCCUCCUAACUUGUCUAAACUUAAUGUUUUAUGAAUCUUUGAAUAUUAAUGAUAAAUUAAAAAAUGUUUAUUAUAAUUUAAUUGUUUAUAUAUAUAAAGACUAAAACCACUGUUUACUACAACCAUCUUAUUAUUAUUCUUUUUUUCAAAUCAUGAUCAAACUUCUUAAGCUAUUUGAAUAGAUUUCAUUUGACAUUUUAUAGAUUUUUAGAAAUGUUCUCAGAUGUUGUCAGAUAUAUAUUGUUGGAAAGUCAAGUUACACUAUGUUGUAAAUGUGAUAAAACAUCCAAGACAUCUUUGUGAUUUAACAUAUUGAAUUUAUACCAUGUUAUAAUCGGGUUGUUUGUACAGAGUUGUGUAGCUGUACAAAACUUGUAUUUUGCAAUGUUUUUGAAAUGAUUCCAUUAAAUAUAUUUAUUGAUUAUUAAAAAAAUGAUCUACAUUGAUUGAAUUAUAUAUAGUUUAGUGUAUUGAGAAUGUUAUGAGUUGUAAUGCAGCACAUAUUUUUUAAUAUAAAACAGAAAGGAAAUAAACCUUUUAGUGUUGAA